CUCCUGCCGACGUGUUCUUCCGGUGGCGGAUCGGCAGCUAACCCUGUGUUGGGCGAAAUGGAGCUCGAGGCUAUGAGCAGAUACACCAGUCCAGUCAACCCGGCUGUCUUCCCCCAUCUGACUGUGGUGCUUCUGGCCAUUGGCAUGUUCUUCACCGCCUGGUUCUUCGUUUACGAGGUCACCUCCACCAAGUACACACGGGAUAUCUACAAAGAGCUCCUCAUCUCCUUGGUGGCCUCACUCUUCAUGGGCUUUGGAGUUCUCUUCCUCCUGCUCUGGGUUGGCAUCUAUGUAUGAGCUACCAAAGGUAUCCGCCAGAUGGCAUCACUGAAUUCCUUGCUUUUGUAACUUAAUUUUUUUUACUACUGCUAGAAGUGUCCCACCUGCUGCUCACAAUAAAAGCAGAUGUGUGACAGCCC